GCGGUGGCCGCCAGUUGAUGUGGACUCUUCCUGGUCCGUUUCUGCGGCUGUCAGGACGCUGAACUGCGGCUAAAACAGCAGUAAAGUGGCCGGGCUGAGCUUGAGGAUGAGUGAGGAACAUUACCUGGAGCUCUGUGAGAACCCGGUACAGUUUGAACAUGCCUCCAGCGUCAACAACGUCUUCUUCGACGAGGCUAACAAGCAGGUGUUUGCGGUGCGUUCAGGUGGAGCCACCGGGGUGGUGGUCAAAGGCCCGGAUGACAAGAGCAGUGUUGCCUUCAGAAUGGACGAUAAAGGAGAAGUGAAGUGCAUCAAGUUCUCCAUUGGAAAUAAGAUCUUGGCAGUUCAGAGAACAUCAAAGUCUGUGGAUUUCAUCAACUUCAUACCUGACUAUCCGCACACAGAGUUCACCCAGGAAUGCAAGACGAAGAACGCUAAUGUUUUGGGGUUCUGUUGGACCAACUGGAAUGAAAUAGUCUUCAUCACUGACCAGGGAAUAGAGUUCUACCAGGUGUUUCCGGACAAGCGCAGCCUGAAGCUGCUGAAGAGUCAGAGCAUCAAUGUGAACUGGUACCAGUACUGUCCCGAGACGGCCGUCAUCCUGCUGUCCACCACCGUGCAGGGAAACGUCCUGCAGCCCUUCGCCUUCAGGAAUGGGACCAUGUCCAAGAUGUCCAAGUUUGAGAUCGAGCUGCCGGUCGUCCCCAAACCUGCCAAACUUAGUCUGUCGGAGAGAGACAUCGCCAUGGCAACCAUUUAUGGUCAGCUGUUUGUGAUGUAUCUGAAGCAUCACUCAAGAACGGCCAACAGUCCCAGUGCAGAAGUGGUGCUGUAUCACUUACCAAGGGAGGCUGCCUGUAAGAAGACUCACGUGUUGAAGCUGAACACGACGGGGAAGUUUGCUCUGAACAUCGUGGACAACCUGGUGGUGGUUCAUCACCAGAGCUCCCAGACGUCUCUGAUCUUUGACAUCAAGCUGAAGGAACCAGACUGUGCUGUGAACACACACCAACCCGUCCUACCUGCCAGGUCCAUACACCCCUACAGGAUACCACUGUCAGGUCCUGCAGUUGUUCCCUCUCAGCCUCCAGUUCCAUGUCAGCUCUACUCUUCCUCCUGGAGCGUCUUCCAACCCGACAUCAUCAUCAGUGCCAGUGAAGGUUACCUGUGGUAUUUGCAGGUGAAGUUGCCUCCAACUGUCAACCUGCUGCAGGACAAAGGCAAACUGAUGGACUUCCUGUUACGAAGGAGAGACUGCAAGAUGGUUAUUCUGUCUGUCUGCUCACAGAUUCUGGAGGGCGGAGAGAAGGGGAGUCUUCCUGUCGUGGCGACCGUCUUCGACAAACUCAACCAGGUGUAUAAAGAAUACCUGGAGGCGGAGCAGACCUACACUGUGGCGAUGGAGUCCGGUCCGAGCCGAGGCAGCGCGGCCCAGAAGCGCCCGGUCAGAACCCAGGCGGUCGUCGACCAAUCAGACAUGUACACACACGUCCUGUCAUCGUUCACAGAGAGGAAGGGCGUCUCCCAUAAGUUCAUCAUUGCGGUGCUGAUGGAGUACAUCCGCUCUCUGAACCAGUUCCAGAUCACCGUCCAGCAUUACCUGUAUGAGCUAGUGAUUAAGACGUUGGUGCAGCACAACCUCUUCUACAUGCUGCACCAGUUCCUGCAGUAUCACGUCCUCAGCGACUCCAAACCACUGGCCUGUUUACUUCUGUCCCUGGAGAGCACGUAUCCUCCCGCACACCAGCUGUCUCUGGACAUGUUGAAGCGUCUCUCCACGGCCAACGAUGAGAUCGUUGAGGUUCUGCUGUCGAAGCAGCAGGUUCUGGGCGCGCUCAGAUUCAUCCGCAGUGUCGGCGGCCAUGACAACGUGUCGGCCAGGAAGUUUCUGGACGCAGCGCAGCAGACCGGAGACCAGAUGCUGUUCUACACCGUGUUCAGGUCGUUCCAGCAGAGAAACCAACGGCUGCGAGGAAGCCCCGGCUUCAACCCCGGAGAGCACUGUGAGGAGCACGUGGUUCACUUCAAGCAGCUGUUUGGGGAUCAGGCUCUGAUGAAACCCUCCACUGUGUGAACCACCGGGACCAAAACACACUUGGACUGGGUCUCCAUCAGUUUGGACACGCAGGAAGUUCAGGAGACAACCUGAGGGGGUGACGAACCAACACCAGAAACAGAUCGUUGUGGUUCAAAUGGACACUUUUAUCUUUGUACAAUUAAACAUCACGUCCUGGCUGCAGACACCUCUGUACUGUGGCAUGUAGACACCUGAUCCAGGUGUCUGGUUUAUCUGCUGUCUGCAGGUUCGUCUCUUUGACUUGAGGCACACGAGAAAAACUAAAAACGUACAAUAAAUGAUAAAGUCUAAAAAAAAGUAUCAGCCAAUAAUAACUAAAAUUAACAUUUUGAAAAGGAUCCCUUAAUCCAACAUUUGCACUGAUACUGAAAUCUGUGAUACUGACCAGCUCUAUCCACUGUGCUUUAAUUGGUGUCAGCAUUUAUAUCCGCUUGUAAGGGUCAGCAUUUUUUAUUUAUUUUAUUUUUUCAGCAAAAUCUCAUUUUGAAUGUGGAAGAAAAACAAGACAAUUCCAACAACUUGUUAAUUAUUUCUGAUGAGGAAGCCUGGGAACAUUCCUGAAAAGUACGUAGUAAUAAUUUUAAACUAGUUAAAAACCUUCAGUCUAAGAGUGAGUUGUUUACUGGUGAAAUCUAUAACAUCAGGUCAUCAACAUCAUUCUCACCUGUUAAUUACAAAGAAUUAAAAUGACAAAUUAUUGUGACUGUAUUCCCAAAAAUAUUUUGAAAAUAUUUACUUUAACUUAAUUCUCAAAUAUUGCAACUGCAGUGUCAAUACGCUCAUGAAAUAGUGCAACUUUGUUAUCUAAAGAUUCUGACUUUAUUCUCAAAUAACUCGAUUCAGUUAAAAAUCGUGGUCAGUGGUUUGUCAUGACUGACCUGCUCCGAGUCAUUCUGGUUUUCUUGUGUAGUCCAGUCAGAGAUGUACCUGCACAGGUGAUGAGACACCUGGAAAAUGUAAAAAUGUAGACGCCUAACCAGAUUGCUUUGGUCACUUAGAAACAAAAAAAAAAGUGAGAAAAGUCAUCACUUGGACACCUGUGAGCAUGUCACCUGUUGUGGGCGGGGCCAGUGGCUGUUGGGAUGCCUGUAUGAAUAUUUUGUACAUAUGACAUGAAUGAGAUGAACAGUAAACCUAACAUGUUUAUUUUAAAAAGAAUUAAAUAUUGAGUACAAACCUGAACGUGUUAACAAAAGAAAUAUGUUCAAAUGCUGUUAAAUGAUACCAAAAGUAUAAAUAUAUAUAUAUAGUGUGUACAUUAUAAAUGUUCCUGUCUAAUUGGUCUUCUGUUUAUCUUCUUCUCUCAUUAUAUUUCACCUCUUGGCCAAAUUAUACACAGUUCAGAAAUA